AUGGACGAGGCGGAGCAGCAGGCCGUCCCGGAGCCGGCCGAGAUGGCUUAUUUCGGCCCCACGUCCCUCACCUACCUCCCCGUCCUCCAAUGGCUAGCUGAUAAUUUCUAUUUGUGUGGAGGAUGCAUUGUGCCCUGUCGACUACUAUAUGAGCUGUAUAUUGAAACCUGCAAUCCAGAUUUCAAGAUUCAAGUACAUCCAUCCACAUUUGGCAAGCUUAUUCAGUUAGUUUUCCCAGGCCUGGUGACAAGAAAGCGGACCACAGCAGGGAGUAUCAGAUAUCAUUAUGAUGGAGUAGCUAUCAAGAAGGAGUCUUCCUUUUAUGCACGUUUUUGCUGUCUUCUGUAUGAACAAAAUUAUCUCAGGCACUGCUCUCCGGAGGAGGUGAGCAUCUCGGAUGUGCAGCCAAGCACCAGUAGAAGUUCCUGGAGUUCUGAAAAUGCAGCUGAUUACAAGAAGAAUAGACAAAAACAAGGAACGAAUAAGAAUUUGCAGUAUUAUGCACCUGUCAUUUAUCUGAAGACGGAACAGGAGACAUUUCAUUACCUUUCUCCUGAUUUCAACCAGUUCUUCUUUGGAGAGCAAGCACAAAGUGAAACAUACCCCUAUGAGCUGAUUGCACUGCUUGCCAAUGACUACUACAACUAUUGUCAAGUUAUUUUACAAAUGGUGAGAGAGACCAAGCUUGACGAGGUGGAAGAUUUUAUCAUGUCAUUCUGGACAUCUCUGCAGCCUGAAAGAAUAGAACUGAUGUGCCUGCCAGAUGUGUGCCAGCUGUUAAAAAGCUAUGAUAGGUAUCUAUUCAAGGAAUUGGAGAACAUCCUACUUCCUGAUUUCCUGGAGGAGGUGCCUGCACAACACAUAGACUCCGUCAGAUUGUUCAGUGAAAAUGUUAAAUGUUGGAUGCUUAAUCCUUUGGGAGGUUUUCCAUUACUGCUCCAAACAUCCAAGUCUAAUGAAGCUAAAGAGUUUGUAAAAAGGCUCAGGAGACAGACAGACCUUUGCAACAUGGUCAAGACAGUGAGAGCACUCUUGAACAACAACAGCACAGUCACUGUUCUGAGAUCAGGCUUGCAUGCCGUCUUCAAUGAGAAAUCUCUGGAUGUGACUAAAGACCUCUUUCAAGAGAAUUUUAGGAAUCCAAAGAAGAGGCAGAAAAAUAUACAACUAAAAUGUUUGAAAAACUUCAUUUCUUCACUGACAUCUUCUACAGAUAUUCGGGAUCUCCUGAGCUGUUUGUCUUCAGAUCUCCAGACUUUUGUUAUUAAGCCAAGCAAGAGUAAAGAGGCUUUUAAAGAGGAGGCAUCAGAUUUCAUGUUGAAAUGGAACCUCCUACUGAGCAAUGUAGGCAAGAUUCUGACCAUCAACAGGACAGACAGUUUUGGAUCCUGGCUUUUGUUGAAUAUGCUGCUUGUUGAUUUUGCGGCUCACAUUUUCCUGUCCUAUAUAGAAGAGGAGAAGGAAGAAGGAAAUGCCUUGGUUGCAAAGCAAGAUGAGGUCCCUGUUCUGUGUGUUUACGAUCCCAGCCAUCUCUCAGCCUGUGUUGCUGAGGAGGAAUCUCAAGCCAAUGUUCCACAAACAGCUCUUGUAAUGCAGAACCAGAAUAACUUCGGAUUAAGCAAUGCUUUCCAGAGUUCUGAGUUGUUUGGUGAACACAGCCACUGUCAGCAAGAUAAUAUAGGAAGAGAAAAUUAUUAUAUUAUGUACUAAGUUGGAUCUUCAAGUUGGAAAGGAAACAUUUCUUACUCAAAAAGAUGAACUGAUAUUUUUUUGCCUCCAAUGAACAGCAGAUCUUCAGAGAAAAGCAUCCUGACUAUAGCAUUCUAUAUGCUAUGCCAUUCUCGCUUUUUUGAUAGAACUUUAAGAAAUACUGUUUUCAUUCUCUUAAACUUCAGAUCUUUUUAAAAACAAUACUAAAUGC